AUGAACCUUACGAACCUCGGUCCUCUGUCAUCAACAGCACAGGUCAUACUGACAGAGACUGACAUCAAGGCACCUCUUCCAACUCAGUGCCCCCCAUCUCAGUUUUAAAACGUCUGUGUAGAUGGGGUGAAAGUGUGUGACUUUUCUUUAGAUUGCCCAAAUGGAGAGGACAAGUCCAAAUGUUCGGCACAGUGUGAUUUUGAGUCUGAUUCAUGUGGCUGGUAUGAGCUUGUCCAGGGUGAUGGAUUUGAAUGGGUGAGAGGCUCAACUAAUGGAGUCGCCAUUGAUUAUCUAGACCAAACACUACCCCAAGACCACUCUACUAAUACAAGUGCAGGCCACUUCAUGUUUAUUUUCAAGAGGAGCAGCAGGUUUUCCCAGCAGGCUUUACUGCGCAGUCCUACAUUCCAGCAAACAAGUUCAGACUUUGACCUUGCUUAGUGGCACUAUAAUUCUGGCCAUUCUGUUGGUGCUGCUGAAAUGGACCUGGUGAUAGAGGACUCAGACAGCAUCACUAUACUUUGGCAAACACUUUCCAACCAAGGUAACCAGUGGCACCCUGUAACCAUCCAGACUGGAAGACAGACCAGGCCUUUCCACAUCUCAGUUGCAAAACUGAGCCUGGCUGUGUAUGAAGGAGUCUCCGCUUUAGAUGAUUUUAUGUUCCAUAACUGCUCAUUGCCCGAGGCUGUGGAGAUGUGCCCAACUCCUAAUCACCUUCACUGUAGCCAGAGCAAAGCAUGUGUGGACUAUUUUCAGAUCUGUGACCUGAUCGAUGACUGUGGAGCUGGAACAGAUGAGGAAAACUGCUCACCAGAACUAAUGUGUGACUUUGAGAAAGAUCUGUGUAGCUGGACUCAGGAACAUGAGGAAGACAUGUUUGAUUGGACCCGUAUCCAAGGACCCACUCCCACUUUCAACACGGAUGGCACAUGGAAGGACCACACACAAGCCAGUGUGGAUGGCCACUUCCUCUUUAUCGAAUCUUCAGAGCCACAGAAGUUCAAAGACACCGCCAUUCUUAUCAGUCAGCCUUUUCUCCAAACUUUUCGUCUAGGUCCUGAAUCCAAACCUAUUGUAGUGGAGGGGACUGUUGGUGAUGACUUCAGAAGAGAUAUUGCCAUAGACGAUCUGUCUUUCCUUGGCUGUCAGCCAUAUGAUGGUGAAUUGCCCUCAAAGGAGCCCAGCAUCUUUGCCCCCGUCCCCACCUUGUCUGCAGCACCCCCUCACAGCUGCCCUUCUGACCAGUUUGUGUUCAACCUCAUUCAAGUGUGUAACAUCACACCAGACUGCUCCGAUAGCUCAGAUGAAGAGCACUGUGUGAAGGAGUAUUGUGAUCUUGAAGGUGAUGCUCUCUGUGGAUGGUAUUUACGUGUCCCAGCCACUCCUGUUCCUCCUCAUGCCUUUCGCUGGCAGACAGGACAAGGAGAGAGUAUCCACCAAGGAGAAGAGAACCACAGACCUGCUAAUGACCACACACUUGGUUCAUCAGAGGGUCGGUAUAUAUUUGCGGAGAGCUCCAAUGGAGGAUAUGGUCACACCACUGAUCUCUUGACUGCUCCCAUUAAAAUAACAGGACCCCAAUGCACUCUUGUGUUCUGGUAUCACAUGAGUGGCUUUACUGUUGGAACGUUACAGGUCUUUAUCAAAUCAGGUGCUGCCACUCAUGAAGUUUGGUCCCAAAAUGGUAACCAAGGUAACCGCUGGGGGCGGGGUGAGGUCUUCAUAGGAAUCUGUCAUAAAAUCCAGGUGGGUCUUCCCGCCAAGUGAGUCAUCAGCUACAUGGGUGAUAUUGUUGUUGAUGAUGUGGCAUUUGUGGACUGUGUUCUUCCAAUAACGUCAGAUCUUCCUUGUGCUAACAAUGAGUUCAUCUGUGCCAACGGUCACUGUAUCUCUGAGGACAACUUGUGUGACUUUAUUGAUCACUGUGGAGACGGCUCAGAUGAGAAUCAUUACAUAUGCAAGGGAUUUAGUGGUCGCUGCAAUUUCGAAUUUGACCUUUGUUCCUGGAGACAGAGUCAAGAUGAUGACUUUGAUUGGUUGAUAAAACCAGGAAAUAUGCAUACACAUGGGACUGGGCCAUCCACUGGUCAUACCCUGCGUAAACCAUCAGGCCAUUACUUAUAUCUAGAUGGGUCCUUCCCACAGACAACUGGACCCUGCCGAAUUCUAGGACCUCUUUUCCACCACUGCAGCAAAGAUGGCAAAGUAAGAUCCUGUCCUCCAGGUUCUCUACAGUGUACCAAUGGCAAUAGCUACAAACGAGAGCAGAAAUGUGACUUCACUGAUGACUGUGGAGAUGGAACUGAUGAAUUAGAUUGUGGGACGUCCUGCUCAUUUGAACAUGGCCACUGUGGCCACUUUGUAUAUCUGGCAGCCACUCCUGUGGGAUUGAAGGCUGAUGAAGCUCACAUGAGAAGUUCUGUGUGGAAGGAGUCUAGUGCCAUAUGUAAACUCACCUUCUGGUACUAUAUUUCUGAGAAAGCCACAGGAAUCAUCCGGCUCUUCGUUAAGAUCGGUGAGACUGAAAGGGUUUCUUGUAUUUCAGGAGCUGUGUAUCCUGGGUCAUGCCCUGCUGUUACAGAUUUUGUGUGUAACAAUGGAGACUGUAUAGAGAGUCAUCCGGAGUGUGAUGGUAAAGCUGACUGCUCUGAGUCUGAUGAGAUAGACUGCAUGAAUGUUCCAGGAGCUUGCCAUUUUGAUUUGCCCAGCGACCAUUGGCAGGAGAGCUGUCAGCUGUCUCAGGAUCCUCUCGAUGACUUUGACUGGGAGAUAGGCUAUGGCAGAAUGUUUAAUGGGACAGGACCAUCAGCUGACCACAGCGCCAGUGGAGGAGGGGACUACCUGUAUGUGAGCUCUGGUGCUCAGAGAGAAGGAGAUAUCGCCAGAUUAAUAAACCAGCUGGAGUUUCCUGCGAGUGUCGGUGUAUCUCAUCUGCACUUUUGGUUCCACAUGUACGGCUCACGUCACAUGGGUACACUGAAGGGGACUAUCCCUGCAGUUUUCAGAUUAAAGGAUCUGUGGCCCAGGAGUACUGUACGGGUGAAGUGCCUCGGUCAAGGACACGUCAUUAAUGGAGUGGAGACUAUCAAGUGUCCCAUUGGGUACUGUCUCAAUGGAGGGAGGUGUGCAGUAAAGGAAAACGGACAAGUGUGUAUUUGUCCAUCACAGUGGACUGGUAAUCGUUGCCAUAUCAAAGAAGAAACUUUUUUCAGAACUGCUUCCACAACACCUGUGAUACCAGAUAGGUAUCUAGCUGUCAGUGUUGGAUUAAGUGUAGUGUUGAUCCUGGUGGUCAUUGCAACUGGAGUCAUUUUGUUCUCGUUAUUUCAAAGGAGACAUUCACUAAAAGACUCUAGUCUUAUUGAUAAUGAAGAGUUAGAUUGCUCAACCUUUGACUUACAGAUAAAGCUGCGUUCUCUUGACGUUAGACCCAGGUGGCCAGUACAUCCUCGACUAAACAUCAGCGUUUACCCCUGGAGAGAGGAACCAAAGGUCUCCAGCUCAAAGGAAAACAAGCUUUCUUUCUCCAACCCACUCUACAAGUGCUCAAACAGUUCUGAAGCUUGAAGGAAACGCACACGCAAACACUGCCUGUCACGUUCCUAUAGAUUUACAGUGCUUUCCACUUCAUUCAAGUCUCCCUGAUAACAUGGCUGUAUUUGCUUAAGGUUUAGAGGGCUUUUUUAAACACAAACUCUUGGGAAGAACAACUGUGACCACAAACAAUUUCCAAUUAAGCAAAAUGAGGCAGUUAAACUAUACCUGUCGUGGAAAGAAAGUUUCUUGUAAUAAUCUAUGACAUGUAACACACUCCAUUUGUUGCGAAAUCUCUCUGAGGCACUGCAAUUAAACUUCCAUCAUAUUACAAGAGCUAACAUUUUAUGUCAGUGCCUGCUUUAACAUGAGGGGCUAUGCUGAAAGAUGCUUGUAUGUUCAACAGCUCAGUUAAAAGUAUCUGAUAUAACCCUGCGAAUGGUCAUGUUCAGUUUUAAGACUUUUUAACGUUCCUUCCUAUUAUUUAACAUUUGGCAUUUCUUGAACAUGGUCUUGUUUAAUUGUUUCAUUGAAGAUGUCAAACAGUGUCUUUCAGAAAAUAAAGGUAAAUAAUUUAAGAAAAUCAUAGCUUUAUUAAAUAAAAAAUUUAAGAUGAUCACGAUUUAAUCUGGGAAGGUUUAUCAAAUCUAGAAUGGACUUGUUUCAGAGAUUGUUUUGUUUUAGCCUGUUCUCCUUCCAGUUCUCUGUGGUUUUGAGAACAUUGUAUUUUCAUUACUUUAAAUGUGUGUUCAAUCACCACUUGGUCUCCUUUAGGAUUCAAGCAGACCACAUUUUGACAGAUGAUAAAAUUGAAAACCAUAGUGUUACCAAAACAUGAACAAAGACAAGUGAAGUAGUUAACUGUGCAGUGGCAGUGUUUAAGUGAAAAUGAAAAAUGUUCUUGUUUCCAGAACACUGCACAAAAGCUGUAAAUAUACAAUAAUGAACUCUGGUGAAAUAUGGAAUGUCUCAGUAUUACAAAUCGUCAGG